AUGUACCGAAGCCUGAUCCUCGUAGCCCUUGUGGCGUUGGCGGCCGCCGUGCCCCAGCCAUGGAAGCAGCAAGCUGCCGACAAGGAGUUCCUGACCAAGCAGCAGGAUAUAAUCCACCUGUACCAGCACAUGGCAUAUGACAUUCCCAACGAACAGCUGCAGAAACUUGGCCGGCAUUACGACAUCCAGGCUAACGCCGACCAGUACGAGAACCCCACGGUCGUCAAGUACUACGCCAACGCCGUCGUCCAGGGAGCCGUUCAGCCCAAGGGCACGACUUUCUCCACCUCGAUCAGCCAGCUUCGCAAGGAAGUGGCCCUCCUCACCCAGAUCCUCCUCGGAGCCAAGGACUACUCCACCUUCUACAAGACUGCCGCCUGGGCUCGCAUCCACGUCAACGAGGGACAGUUCGUCAAGGCCCUGACUACAGCCAUCCUCCAGCGCCAGGACACCCAGGGAAUCAUCCUGCCGGCUCCUUACGAGAUCUUCCCCCAGUACUACGUUGACUCGACGAUCAUCCAGCAAGCCCAGGACAUUAGGGUCCACGGAAUCCAGAGCCCCUUAACCGAGCACGUCGUCGUCAUCCCCGUGAACCACACCGCCUACUUGCCCCAGGGAGAGCACCAGCUUGCUUACUUCACCCAGGACCCCGGUCUAGCGGCCUACUAUGCUUACGUUCAGCUCACUGGAUGGAUGUACGGAGAGGGACAGCAAACCGAAGGCGUUUACACCCAGGGUUCUCAGUCUGGACAGAACAUCGGCCACGGAUCCUACUACUACUACUGGCACCAGCAGCUCUUGGCUCACUACAACUUGGAGCGUUUGAGCAACGGAUUGGGUCCCAUCGAUGACAUUGACUACAACCAGGUGGAUGCCCCCUUCAAGCCCAACCUUCGUUACCAGAACGGUCUGGAAUUCCCUGGACGCCCCGAGCACCUGCCACUGAGCCCUGAGAGCGACGACCUCAUCGACUACGUCUCCCGCUUGGAGCAGAGACUGAAGGACGCAAUUGACUCCGGCAACGUUAUCACUCCCCAGGCUGCUUUCCUUUCCCUGUACCAGCCCCAGGGCUUGAACAUCCUUGGAGAACUGAUCGAAGGCACCGGAAAGAGCGUGAACCCCAGGUACUACGGAAGCUACCAAGGUGCUGCUCGCCAGCUCCUUGGAGGAGCCCCUGAAGCCGCCAACAUCUGGCAGUACACCCCGUCCGCCCUGGAACUUGGCCAGACCGCAGUCCGUGACCCUGCCUUCUACCAGCUCUACAAGAAAGUCAUCAACCUCUUCGCCCAGUACCAGGAGGGUCUCCCAGCCUACCAGUUCGACGACCUCCUCCUCCCCGGAGUCAAGAUUAUUAAGGUCGAUGUCGACAACUUCGUGACUUACUUCGAUGGAUUCAACGUUGACUUGGACGGCGCCACCCCCAUGCCCGUGGGCCAGCAGCAGCAGUCCUCCCAGAUCAAGGCUCAGUACCAGAGGAUCAACCACAAGCCCUACGAAUACCAGAUCAUUGCCCAGAGCGACCAGGGUGUCCAGAACGCAGUUGUCCGUGUCUACCUUGGACCGAAAUACGGCUACGAUGGACUUCCCAUCUCCAUCUCCGAGAACAGGCUCCUCUUCGUCGAGUUGGACCAGUUUGUGACUGACCUCCAGGAAGGCCAGAACGUCAUCGUCAGGAACUCCAACCAGGCCCCAGGCCAGAGCCAGGACCACCCAUCGGUACACCAUCUCCUCCAGAAAAUCCAGGACGCCAUCCGCUCGCAGCAUCCGUUCUACAUCGCCCAGCCUGAACAGAUCUACGGCUUCCCCGCCAGGCUCGCCCUGCCCAAGGGACAGAACCACGGUUACCCACUUCAGCUCCUAGUCGUGAUCUCCGGACCCACCACCGGCGAGAACGUCCAGUACGGCCCAGUGAUCCCCCAGGACUUGCAGACCUACUCUCCUUCCCAGUACCAGAUCGUCCACCCCGAGCAGUACCAGCAGUACGGCCACGGCAUGAUCAAGUCCGUCGGUGGCGUAUACGAAACCGUUCAGGUCUACCACGAAGGCAUCCACCAAGGACAGGGAGUCGACAGCCAGGUCAGCCAGAGCAGCCUGUACCAGCCCCAUCUCGGUCACUACCCCUACACCCAUCAGCAUUACAGCCAGCACUGGCAGCAACAGUACCAGUCCGGCCAGCACCAUCAGCACUGGCAGCAGCAGCAGCAUUGGCACGGAAGCCAGGUUGAAGGUCAGGUCGCUGGAGUCGAGGGUGUCGCCGGAGUUGAGGGUGUCGCACAGUCCGGAGUUCAGGGCUCGCAAGGUGGCCAGGGAUACCAGCAGGGUCAAGGAUACCAGCAGGGUCAGGGAUACCAGCAGGGUGGACAAGUAUACCAGCAGGGAGGUCAGGGAUACCAGCAGGGAGGUCAGGGAUACCAGCGGGGUCAGGGAUACCAGCAGGGGCUAGGAUACCAGCAGGGAGGUCCAGGAUACCAGCAGGGAGGUCCAGGACACCAGCAGGGAGUCCAGGGACAGUACGGAUCCGGCAGCCAGCACGUUAGCGGAAAGUACCAGAGCAUCCUCCAGGGUCAAGGUCAGGUUCAGACCCAGGUCCAAGGCCAGAAGGUCAAGUCCGUCAGCCAGUACUUCGCCAGCAAACCCAUCGACCAGAUCAUCGGUGGUGCCGUUUCCUUCGACGGAAAACCCCUGGGAUACCCGCUCGAGAGGCCCCUCGCUCCUGGGGCUCUUCAGGUUCCCAACAUCAAGGUCAUCGACGUCAAGGUCUAUCACGAGGACAGCCAGACCAUCUAG